UAAUGUGUACCCAAGCGCUGUUCGGUUAGUUGUUUUGAAAAAUUGUUCGGCAAUAAAAAAAAAUUAAUGUGAGAGAUGUGGUGAUGGUGUUAGCGGUGUUACUGUAUUCUAACAAGAAUUACUUGACCUGAUGCGAUCGGUUUGAAUCAGAAAACUAUUCAGGAGACGAAGAUGGAUACUGAACAUAUAAUUCCUGAUGACAUUAGUGAAAAGAAUUCAACACAAGAAGAGGCAAUGGGUCUGUACAAACAAUACCUGCGACUGGGUCGCGCUGCCAGAAACAGGGUAUUGGGUAUCAGUAGUGACGAUCCCAUCACUCUUCAUAUGCUCAUAUCGCAGCAAGGAAAAGUUAGCAAUUGUAGGUUAGCCGUAGUUGUUGUUGGACUGUUCACAUUAGUAAUGGGUAUAGUCUUAUCGACCAUUCCCUGGGUCGACUACCUCAUCUUGCAGCAUUUAAGGUUGUCAAAUGGAUCCCUUAGUUUCUACUAUUGGCAAAAACCUGGCGUAGUAAGAUUAACAAAAGUUUACAUUUUCAAUGUCACCAACCCGGACAAUUUUCUGAACCAAGGAGAAAAACCAAAGUUGCAAGAAGUUGGGCCUUUUGUGUACAGAGAAAACAUGGAAAAAGUGAACAUACAAUUUCACGAUAAUGGCACAGUGUCGUAUCAGCACAAGAAAAUUCUACAGUUUGUUCCAGAGUUGUCAGUUGAUAAAAAUGAAAAGUUAACCGUACCAAACAUUCCUUUACUGACGCUUUCAACGAAAUCAAACUCCCUGGGAUUCUUUUUGCAAAAGACUAUCUCUCUCGUCCUGUCAAUGGGAAACUUCAGGCCAUUUGUCAACGUCACAGCUGAAGAGCUGGUGUUCGGUUAUGAAGACAGCUUGGUGGCGCUGGCGCACCGGCUAUAUCGGAAAAAUAAACGGCCUUCGUCGAAAAUGGGACUGCUUAUUGCGAGAAACGGCACCCUAUCUGAACGACAUACAAUACAUACUGGUGUAAACGGUAUGGAGAAGUUUGGCCUACUAGAUAAAUUAAACGGUUUGGACCAUCUGCCCUAUUGGCCAAACGCUCCAUGCUCAAGCAUCAAAGCUAGCGAGGGAUCAUUCUUCCCACCUAGAGACGUCACAAAAUCUGACAUUGUGCACAUCUAUGAUAAGGAUCUCUGCCGAAUUAUUCCUCUUCAGUAUCGGGGACCCAUUGAAAAACAAGGGAUUACGGCAGAUCUGUACACUCCGCCAGAUAAUAUUUUCGAAACUGGCACCAAGGAGCCGAACAACAAGUGUUACUGUCUAGACGAUUUUCCCUGCGCUCCCAAAGGACUCCAAAAUAUCAGCCCCUGUCAAUACGAUGCUCCAGUAUAUUUAUCAUUCCCUCAUUUUUACAAAGCCGAUCCAGCCCUACGUCAAUCCUUCGAGGGACUCUAUCCGGACAAGGAGAAACACGAAACUUAUUUCAAAAUACAACCGAAAUUGGGUGUCCCUGUUGAGGCCAAAGUGAGGGUGCAAUUGAAUUUAAGAGUUGAACAAGCCGAAAAUGUCCGACCUGUUUCCAGGUUCCCGAAUAUCGUGUAUCCAAUUAUGUGGUUAGAAGAGGGAAUCGACGAGCUGACUCCGUCAAUUCGAAGGUGGGUUUAUUUGGCGACGACGGUGUCGGAGGUCGCAUGCCCUCUCUUCACCUACGGAUCCAUCUUUUUCGGGAGCUGUAUCCUCGUCGGUGUAUUCGUAAACGCCUAUAAGUCACUGUUGUUCACAAAAGAAACGAUAGAGGGCGGUAUGAGGACUCUUAGACAGCAGGGCGUCUAUUUAGCAAACGGCCGGUCAAACAGUGUUAUUAGCAGGGACAGCUACGUGCUAUUAGAAAACCAUAUGAUCGACAGGAGGUUCGAUGUAUGAUAUAAUUAUUACUUAUCGUUAAUUAAACAUAAGUACCUACAUACAAGACACAAAACAUCAUUCCUGCAGAUAUAUCCGAUAUAUAUAUACAUAUACACUUUGCAAGUCUUGUACAUUUCAUCGAUGCAUUUAACACUUUAUAUUUUUUUUAUCACCCCCUAAGCUCAAAUUGGUUUUAUGGCCAUGUUCUUGUCAUCCUAGAUUUUUUUGUUCCAAAAAUGAUCUGUUAUAAAACGUACCUAGGUAGUAUCUUACUAUACGUAACAGAACAACAUUCAUUUGAGACCUCCUCGUGAUGAUAUCAAAAAAAAAACAAAAUUGUGAGUAUUGUGGUAAAUUAAAAUGAGUUUUUAAAUGUUUAGACAAACAAAAAUGAAUCCUAAAGGUGCGUAUAAAAUAAAAUAUUCCAAGAAAAAAGCGAAGAUAGAGAAUACGAAAAAAAAUAUUUGUUUCUAAAGGUAGGUACUUGUUUUAUUUUGAUUUGUUAACACUUGUUUUCGAUAAUCGUUAAUGAUUUUACAAAAUUUUACCAACUUCGUCGUCUCCAGAGCAAUGGCUUCUUCAAGACUUAUUGCAAAUAAAAAAAUUUUGUUUAAUAUAUGGAGAUCAUUUUGGGAAAGCAAUCUGAAAAUGUGUUCUAAAACAAUUGGUUUCUAAUGGAGCUAAUAGGAUCAUUUUUUUUCUGUUUAAACACUUAAAAUUAAUAUCCCAUUUAAUAAUGAAAUUAUUAGAUCUUUUAUUUCUUGCCUUGAAUAUAUAACGUACUUUUUACACAAAAUUAUAGUUCCUAAGUCAACAGCUACGACAUUCCUUCUUGGAAACAUUUAAAGAAAAUUAUAAAAACUUAAUAAAAUUCAACUCUCCUCUAUCAGGUCGUAUGCUAUUUAAUUAGAAAAUUUAAAGUCAUCUUUUUCGAAGAAGACGUCUCAAAACGAAAACAAACUUUCUUCACGCGUAUGCCUGCACGUUUUGUAGGUUUUAUUAAAGAAGAGAAAUCACUUUAAUGCGAAUUUAACAUUUGAGACAGCCAUCUGAGAUUAUUGCAGGAAUGAAUAAAAAGGAUGUACCUGUCUAAUGUUUUAAUGAGGCGUCAAGAGGUGUCAAAAUUGACCAAUUCUGAUUUGCCUAUUAUGGCUAACUCAUGGUAGAUUUUAAAGAUUAAGAAGUCGAUUCCUAUAGAUUUUAACAUUCUUAAUGAGAACACAAAAGGAUUUUUCCGUUAUCGCUUUAAAAUAAAUGAGUUGUAUUUAAAAAUCGAAAGAAUUUAUGAUCUUUUGUAAGAAAGAUUGAAAUGAUAUCAAAAUAAAUGCGAUCUUUGGAUUCAUUGUGCUCAAAUUGUUCAGAAAGUAGGAUAUUUGAAUUCACUUUGCUCAAAUUAGUCAGAAAGUACUCCUAUAUGUUCAAAAUUGAGGAAAAAGUUUUCAGUAUUCAUUAGUGAUGUCCCCUAAUGGAAAAAUUAUCCAUAAAAUCGAAGAGCGUCCCAUUGAACUACUACUUAAGGACAUCUUCGUCUAUUCAUUUCUGCAAUAAUUUCAACUGGCCCAUUUCAAAAGUCAAAUUUGACUUAGAACGAUUUUUUUUUCUUUUAUUUCUAUGAGGCAGAUGUAAAAUCACCUCAAUAAUCAGUACCUGAUAACAUUUGUAUCGUCCAAAUUCUACACGUGUGUUCAAACUUUGGUUAAUGGUAGAAUCGUAAUUUCGUAAUCUAAAAAACUAAGGGGUCCAGUGAUCAAUAAAAUAAAUGGCAAUUGUGUUAAGAAUUAGAACGAUAUUAUCUGAAAUAGGUAUAAAAAUAACUAAAAUAAUAUCGUUCUGGUCCUUCUUCUUUUUUUUUUGAAAACAUAUUGUUGGUUAUCUUUUGUCAUUGCGAAUUCUAUUGGUUUCUCGCAUGUGUCAACCGAAUUGUGAUCCAAGUGCUCGGCGGAGUGACAAAAAAUGUCACCCUGCUAAAACGUUUUUGCUCAAAGGUAUUUGUAAAUAAGUAUUUUUUAUAUAUAAUAUUAUAUACACUUUUAUAUUAUGUGUAUGUUAAUAAAAUGUUGUAUGUACAUAAUAACGAUCGUGCAAUUUUAUACUGUUUUCUCCAAUCUAUUUUUUUUUUGUAAA